CACUUUUCUUGCCACUAAACUUAUACCUACAACUAUUGUCUGCUUUGCUAUUUUCCACCUCAACCAUGCAUUUCCAACAGAUUAGCCUUGCUAGUCUUGUCAUUGCACUUGCAGCAGCAUCCCCCGCCCAGCCGAAUCCUAAAGUGCUGCACGCUCGUGAAGAAAGCAAAGGCAUCUAUAUCAACCCUAAGCACCCGAAGAUGAGCCUUGACCAGCAAUGUAUGUGGAAGUGGGAAGCUGGGUUCGGCUAUUGGAAUGUCGUCAUCAACGAUGCCAGCGAUUUCACGGACGAAACCUGCGGUUCUGGCUUUCUCGACAAUAUCAACGGCAGAGGUUGCGCACCAACAGGUUGGGGUUGCCACUACGCCAACGAUGACAAGACGAUGAACGCCGGGUUCAAGACAUCACUUUUUUGCAGUGGUGAGGACAUCAGCAGCGCUAUCAAUGCCGCCUUUGGAGGAAAGGAAGUGAAGUGUGGCGACUAUGAUUUACACGUUGUGUGUGAUAACGAUGAUGACUGUAGAAUGAUUGGAUAGACACGCG